AAAUUCCUCAACUUUUUCCCCCUUCAAGAACACCAUACGAUGUUACGUACACGUUUACUUGCUCUUUCGGACUCGAAGACCGAGUGGCUUUUGAGCUUUGUCAUUUGAGAGCAGAUCGUUGCUCCUAUCCACUAUCAUGGGGAGCCCGACAAGCUCAAGGAUGCCAUGGAAAGCCACCAUACUGAUUGCUAUUAUAUUGGUAACUUUGGUUGGGAUGGUUCACUCUGAAGAUUUCUACGAGUUACUCGGUAUCGAGAGAGAUGCUGACGCUAAGGAUAUCCGACGAGCCUUCAAACGGCUUGCUCUCACCAUGCAUCCUGAUAAGAAUCAACAUGAUCCCAAGGCCCAUGACAAAUUUGUUCGCAUAAAUCGAGCGUAUGAGGUAUUGAAAGAUGAUGAACUGAGGAAGAAGUACGAUCGAUUCGGUGAGGAAGGCCUGAAAGAACAGAAAAACCAAUGGAAUAGAUACGAGAGCUGGCAGUUCUACAAGACAGAAUUUGGUUUAUAUGAUGAGGAUCCUGAAAUUGUGACACUCAGCAAGUCUGAUUUUGAGCAAUCUGUGUUUGGAGAGGAUAUCUGGAUUGUGAAUUUCUACUCGCCAAGAUGUCAUCAUUGUCAUGAUCUAGCUCCAACUUGGAGAGAGUUUGCGAAGGAGGUAGAAGGGGUAAUCCGUGUCGGAGCAGUGAAUUGUUGGGAUGACCGCCCUCUGUGUACAGCUCAAGGUGUUAAGAGAUUCCCUACACUCUUUGUCUAUCCAAAGCAUGAGGAGUACACAGGGACAAGGACAUUGGAACCACUGGUCAAGUUUGCCCUCAAUCUGAUUGAUGUGACCAUUCAUCCACUGUGGACAGGUAAUUUCAAGAAGGUAUUGUUUUCCGAUGAAUCUAAGAAUCAGCCUUGGUUGAUCUCGUACUGUGGUUCCCCGACAGGAACUGAAGGAGAAACAAGUGAUGUUGCCAGUGUUGGUUGCUUAGAUAGAGAUGACCAACGCAAAUUAGCAGCCAUUUUGAAUAAGGUUGUGAAUAUUGGAUCUGUGGACUGCGUAGCCUCUUCACAGCUCUGUACCAAGCUAAAGAUUGAUGAAUCUACGAUACGCUUCUACCAGAAGGCAAAGGAAAUCACCAAAGGAGGAAAGGAAUUGGAGCUUGAGCAGCCAAAACAGAUUGGGGAUGAGAUCCUUAAACAGCUGCCAGAUCUUUCCACAUUCACUAGCUCUCAAUUACAGGAAGCCAGGCAUGACCUUGAGGUCAAAGGUGACUCCCCUCCAGUGGUGACAUACUUCAUGAAGCAAUCCGGAGACGAUGACCUGGAACUCAAGAAACUUCCUCAUCUCCUUACAGAUAUGAAGGUGAGGAAGUUUAAUUGCAGCACAGACCAAGCUCUCUGUGAAGAUCUCUACCUUGGCACUCAUCUACCAAAGGUGGCGCUCUUCAGGAAAGGAGGAGGUCAUGAAUUUCAUCACGGACGUUUGUUUGCCCAAGAUAUAGCAGCCUUUGCCAGGAGUGGUCUAAACUCUCGUCUAAGGGUUCUUGGUCCUAAUGACUUCCCUGAUCCUGUCAUUAGCAGCGGAGAGCCUUGGUUUGUGGACUUCUUCUCACCGCAUUGCCCUCCGUGCAGACAGUUAUUACCGGAGAUCCGUAAGGCAGCGUCUCGGGUGCCUUACGUCAACUUUGGCACCGUGGACUGCACCACGCAUCAGGCGCUGUGCAGCCAGCAGAAUAUCAGGUCCUAUCCUACCACGGUCUUCUUCAACGUCUCAAAGCCCCACAUCAACGUGGGAUUCUCAAAUUCACAUGCUAUUCAAGAAUUUAUAGAGGAUACCAUCAACCCGAAAGUGGUACCCCUUUCCCAAAGCUUGUUUGAUAGAUUGGUGAAGAAUAGAGCGAAAGAAGACCUUUGGCUGGUAGACUUCUAUGCUCCAUGGUGUGGUCCUUGUCAAGCCCUUAUGCCAGAAUGGAGAAAAUUUGCCAAAAAACUGAAUGGCACUGCUCAUGUAGGUUCGGUAGACUGUAUAGAGCAUGCGUCCUUAUGUCAACAGCUUAGUGUAAACAGUUAUCCUACCAUAAGAGCUUAUCCUAUGGGACAUACAGGCACUGCUAGAUUCAGUGCAUACAACGGCUGGAACCGUGAUGUCAUGUCUCUCAUGGGAUGGGUUCAUAAUUUUCUCCCGUCAUCCGUUGAGGUAAUCACCCAAAAUAACUUCAGAGAUAGAGUACUACGGAGCACCGAACCUUGGGUUAUAGACUUCUACGCGCCAUGGUGCGGGCCUUGUAUGUCAUAUAUGCCUUCGUUGGAAGAAGUAGCAAAGGCUUUGAAAGGCUAUGUACGGUUUGGUAAAAUUGACUGUCAGUCUUUCCAGUCGACCUGUAUGCAGGCAUCUAUACAAGCCUAUCCUUCUCUUAGAAUAUACAAAGGAACAGAAACUAAAGGAUACUCACAAAAUUGGUUUGGUGAGCAAGUUUAUCAAAAGGAACCGCAGUAUCUUAUCCCAUUCCUCAAACAAAGAUAUACUAAAAAUUUAGAUGGCACCGGCCAUGCGAAAGAUGAGCUAUGAUGUUGGCCAAAUUUGUUCAGUUUUUCCUUUCAACCACUGCAGUUCAUGGCUGAGAUAGUACGAAUAGGUUUAUAUCACAAACUUAGAUAUUGUUAUUUAUUAUCAUACCUUUUCUAUGUUUUUAUCUUCAUAAUAUUGUGAUUUCUGAAGGUUUCCUUCAUAAUAUUGAUGUACUUUGAAUUACAUGUUCUGUAAUUGUAUUCUGGAUUAAAUUAACUCACUAGGAAUUUCAAUGCAUUAUCAUUAGUGCCUUCAAGUUUAAGGUUUUUUUUUUCAUGGGCAUUUAAGUGCUCUGUGAAGAAUUUGAAUGUUAUUUUUAAAUCCCACAUUUGCAUUUUAUCCUCCAAAUGUUCACCAAACUUGCACAGAUGUUUGUGUGUAGCAGUUGUGCCAAUUGUUAUGGUUUAGUUUGGCGGGAUUUCAAGGACGUCUCGGAUAGUUUGGGAAUCAAUUCUGCAUUCUAUUUACAAUCACUAUUGCUUGUACGCCUAGUUACAAAUUUGAUCUAUUUUUAACACAUUAAUUGUGAAUCAGGAUUUGCAUUUGUUUUUAAAUAUAAAGUUAUAUUCGCUGCAAAAUGUUCACUAACCCAUGAAAACAUCCUGUUUGCCAAAUUUGCAAUAAAUAUAUUUGUUCUCAGUAUACUGUUAGGAGCACUUGUCUUUGCAUGCAAUUUGUGAUGAAUAAUGAUAAAACUACUUAGGUAUUUAAUGUAAAGUGCACAAAAAUAUAAUAGGACAUUUUUAGAAGUAGUAAUGUAAGAUGCAAGUAAUGCUUGAUACAGGAAGUCUUUCACUCUCUUCUAGGCUAAAAUAUUUAUAUGUCAUGUGGUAUGUGUAAUUUGGCAACACCUUUCUAUUUGAAUUUUCUACCAUUUUACAUAGUUUGGAGAAAAAAAACAUUGGUAUUUUAACAAGAAUUUUGAAAAGCAUGAUUGUUAAAUGUACUAAAAAUUGCCAAUUUCUUUUCGAAAAUAUUGAUUAAUCAUUUCAUUACAGUGCCAUUUUAAAGAGUGCUUAAGUUGUUAUUUAAGUUUUAUACUUCAGCUCUGGCUGUUUAAGUUUAAAAUGUGUGUUAAGAAUCUUCCUAGUCUUUCGUUUCUUUUAAAUCUAACUUUUUAAUUAUAUCAUAAUGCAUGUGCUACCAUUGUCCAUUAUCUUAAGAGCCUUGUGGACAUAUGAGAUUCCAUGGAGCAGAAGUGAAAAUUGAAAAAUUAAAGAUAUAUUUUACUGGAUAAACCCUGAGCCUAGAUAAGAAUAAAGAUUGAUUAAGUAACAGAGAUUCCGGAAAACUAGAGUUAUAAUAAGUACCACAGUAAUUAGUGCACAGUGUUUGGUACACUGUGACCAACCCAAUCCCGUAGCACUACUGCGUAUGAAUUCACAAUAAUGGCUUAAUUUGCGCACAUAAUGAAACGCACGGACCACCAGCCUAAUGUUACUUGAAAUUGAAUCGAAAACAGCCCCACUAGCUUUACCAGGUUUGUGCUGGUGAAUUGCAUAUAGCAUAUAUUUGAAUUAUUAAAUAACAAUGCAUGCGAGACUGUCUGAUGCAUUCCAAUAGUGUAUUUUACAAUGUCUUUUGUGUUGUGAAGCUCCAAGGAGCAGGUCCAAGGUAUUUAAUAUCUCCUUGCAGACAGGUCAUAUAUGAAUUGUUAUUUCUUUAUGUCAUGGUAGGUUAUAAGGAGUCAAAACUAUUAUUUAUUUAUGCAUAAAAUUGGAAAUUAUUGCAAGUAUUGUGAUGCGUAGGCUUCAUGAGAAUCAAAGGGCAAGUCUACCCAAACAAAAAGUUGAUUUUUUUAAAUAACAAGAGAAACAUCGAAUAAAGAGCUUAACACUGUUUUAUCAAAAUCAGGUUCAAAAAUGAGAAACUAAUGACAUUUCAGAGUUUUUGAUUAAUUUCACAAAACAGGUAUAUCACCUCCCAGUCAGUAUGUAAUUGAGGGAACCGAUGCUGUCACCCAUCAUCAUUUUUUUAAACUUUAUUUUGUGAAAUAUCUCAAAUUCUCCUCUUUAUAAAGUAAGGCAAAGUGUGGAAUUGCCAUUAUUGUAAUUUAAUGUGAUUUGAUGAAGAGUCUCCUUGUCAAUUCUGAAAUGAAAAAUUGUAUUAUUAAAAAUUCAGAAAAUUUCAAAAU